GCUCCUCCUUCCAUUGCUUGCGAGCAGCAUCCAGUUUUUUUUUUUUCUUCCAUUUCAAACUUCUAGGUUUCAACACCCAUUUCAGACAACGGGCAACCAAGCACACAAACGUACAUUCAACUUACGCACUUGUGUGGUUUUGGUGAGACAGAUUUGUGGCACUUGUAGACUUGCGGACAGUAGGCUGUGCUUGAUCAGUGACUGCUAGUCUUUCCGCUACCAACCGAGUCUUUUGCCGCUUACCUCUCCCACCCUCCGCUCCCGAGAGUGGCUGUCACAGUUCGCUCCGUGUGAACCUUUUUUUUCCCUCGUUCUGAUCUCACCAUUUGUGAUUGGCCGAAUCGCGUGUUCGCGGGGACAGCAAAAACGUUUCUAUUCGGAAUCGCGAAUGUACUGUGAGAAUGGUCUCUUCAGAGUCGGAUAACCUAUACCCAGAUAGCCACAAUGACCAAGGACAUGCGUUACCAGGCAAUGGCACCGGCGGAGGUGGUGGGGGAGGAGGCGGCGGCGGAAAGUUUCACAAACCAAUCCCCAAUCCGUUACAUUUACCUAACGAUAUCCUGCACUCGGCACCUCACGGUCAAAAUGCAAAUUCCAUGAUGGCGAGUCACUCUGCCUACAGUUCUCAAACUGCUUCAGCGCAGUCAUCCCCACUCUUGACGCCUACAACUCCGACGCAGCCAAUGCAUGCCAUGUUUUCGAUAGGCACAACUCCGAUCCAUACAUCGUUUACCCACGCUACCCACCACAGUCAGAACAAUAAUCAUCACCAGCAGCACCAGCAUCAACAGGGCGUCAAUGGCACCGACAGCUCCUACUCGUCUUCGUAUGUCAACGGCACGAAUGGUAUCAACGGUCAUGGUGAGCACGCUCAUGCUCCUCCGACGUCAUCUCCAUCUACUCCUUCGUCGACCCCGCGAUCAUCCAUGAGCAUCAAUGAUUUGUGCAAUACAGUUGACGAUGGGAUGGGUCGAGCCAACCAGGAAGGGUCAUACUACACGACCGAUCCUGAUGUUCAAAUGGCUGCGGAAGCGUUGGGUGGAUUACGCAAUGGCGAUAUGGGACAAGCCCUGCGUCAACCCAACCAGGAACAUUUUAUGCAGCGGGUAUCAAACAUUCCGUUAGUAAACAAAUCAAUCAAUCAAAUCAGUACAGCGUACGAAGCAACAAAAAAUGCUAGCAGGGUCGUAAAGUACUCUGCAGAGUCCGUGGAAACGGGGGUAAAGACAAUAACAAAGCCGGUCUUUGAUAAGCUUGAACCUGCGUUAGCUCCUCUGGAUAGAUUUGCUUGCACACAGCUUGACAAGCUCGAAAGAUCAUUCCCGUCCAUUAUGGGAUCCAAUUCCCUUCCGCCAUCUGAAGACAUGGACAAUAUGUCGGAUGCCUCCCGAGAAUACAGAAGCCGGCCGCGGUCUCUGAGCACGUCGUCGGUCUCUUCCAUAUCCUCUGUGGAUCUCCUUCAGCCACCCAACGUUCCGUUGCUCACGAGGGAUGGCCCUCGGAGUCCACAAGUCGCCAAUAUGUCAUCCCCCAGUUCACCUUCGUCGGUAUCAAUUCCUGGACCGCCGCUCACUAAUGCGCUUGUGCCGCCUACAUCACCUGGAGGAUUCCGUUCAGAGGAGGGACCUGUGACAACGGCCCCCCACAUUGACCGGAAGCCGCGAAGUCGGUGGCAUCAGGUUGUGGCUGGGGUUGGAGCAAACCUGAGUGGGUUGAUGUUGAGUGACGAGACAAUGAAGGGCUUAAAGUAUUGUUUGCAAUGGCUGCAGUACGCGACCAACCAUAUUGAUCGCCAGAUCGCCCUGCUGAGGGAUUAUUUAGCACGCGCUGGUGGGGCUGUGGCAUCUUACUUGUCUGGCAUUGCUACCUCGAGCUCUGCCUCUCAACCGACGCCCCCGCUCUCCCCGCAAGCAAACGACAUGGCCGUGGCCACCUCCGGUACAGAUAUUUUUGCGAUUGUCGCUUCGAUCAAGCGUGAAGUAGUGGAGACACUUCGUCGCGUUGUGGAUGUAAUUGGUCGACACGCGGCUGCCUAUCUACCAGGCGACGCGAGACGAAGCGUUCGAGGGUUCAUUUUGGGCUUGCCGGGACGAUGGGCAUCACUGACGGGUGGCAAGGGUAACACUCCCGCGGAUCCCCAGCAAACUGCCGACGCUGAAGCCCAAAAAGUUUUGACUCUUGCCACCGAAUCCUCCAACAUGCUCAAAGGCGUCCAAAACAUUUUUACCCAAACUGUUGAAUCCGCCGAACGCAUGGGCCGUGUAGUAGGCAAUCCCAGUUCUUCCCUCCCUGUUCCCCAAUCCAGCGAGUCCUCGGUCAAUGGCGCCACGACCAACGGACUCCACCACCACCACUAUCAGCAACAGCAACCCUCCCAAGCCUCCUCCGUGAACGGUCAAUCUGAACCCGACUCGUCACCCACCCCCCGUCCCAAACGCCGUCGACGAGCCGACCCAAGAGGAAAAGGCAAAGGCCGUGCCGAGGACGAGAUGGACAUAUCGGAUGGAGACACGGAAGGUGAUAAUGUGAACGGGACUGGAGAGGAAUGGGAGGAGGAGAGAAGGAGUACUUCACCGGAUCGAAUGGAUGUGGAUGGGUGAUUGUGCGUUCGUGCACCGUUUCGUUUUGUUGUUUGGGGCAGUGGUGGUGUUUUUGUGUAUUGUCUUUACCUUCUUUUUUUUUGCACACACACGUGGACUGUAGUGGGCUCUUGUUUUAGUUAGUAGUUUAGUUUUUCUUGUUGCGUUAUGGGUUUAUGACGAAUGUUGGUAAAAAAUGGGGGUCAUGUUUCUCGGUCUUUUUUUCUUUGAUACCGGUUGUCUUUUUUUUGUUUUUUUGUUGUGUGUCUGGUAUUCUUGUAAGGAAUUGUGUUGAUUGCUGUGUUUUUUUUUUCUUUGAACGUGGGUAUGGCUUUUCUCUCUUUUAUUUUUUUGUCAUCUUACGAGUUUUUCAAUCGGGGGGUUUUUCUAUUUCUUUUAUGUUGUUAAGGAUAUAAAUGUGCGAG